AUGACUGAGCCCACAGUGCACUUCGACACCCCGCCUGCUGGCGGCGGGGCCUCGAACACCCUGCACUCCCUGAACACCAGCAACCCCUAUGAUGUCGAGGCCCAGAGGUCGCCGCAUUCUCCUCGCACCAGUCGCGGCCGUCGCGAGAGCGCGGUCUCGGCCACAGGCACGGAUGCGGAUGCCAGUGCCCGGUACUCGGUCGACAGCUCGACGGCUGCCCAGCGCCGCCCGAUCCGUUCCAACACCGUAAAGCACUACCGCAACUCCUCCCCCACGCGGCCCGCCUGGGAGGCCGAGCCCGGUGCCGAACCCGGCAUCGACACAGCCAAGACCGAAGCCGACCACCGCCAUGCCCAUCUGAGAGAAGUGAGAGAAGACUGCACUAUUACCGUGGUCGAUUUCUCCGACGAUUUCAUGAAGCAGUACGCCCUCAACAACGAAUCCCUGGAAGAGUUUCUGGAACGCCCGCGCGAAGAAUGGGCCACCUGCCGCUGGAUUAGUGUCAACGGUCUCAGCUGGGACGUGAUCAAAUUGCUGGGCAAUGAAAAGAACCUCCAUCGGCUUGCCAUUGAGGAUCUGAUGAACACGAGGGGCAGGACCAAGGCCGACUGGUACUCUGACCAUGCUUUCUUCCUCUUGACCCUGCAAAAGCUUGUUCAAACAGGAAGCUCGUCGGAUAGCUCUUCCGAUAGCGAGUCCGAGAGUGAGCACGUAGUGCGCCAAGAGAAGGAAAAUCGAAAAUGGUUCAAGCGCCUAAAGAAGCGUCGACGAGCGUCCGAUGGGGGACACUCCCUAGAACCCAUCAAUCCGGAUGGAGGGUACAAGCUGGAGCGAAAGGACUCGUACCUCCCUCCGAGCGCCAUGGCGAAAGCAAAGCCCAAGCAUAAAUUCCGGACCCUUCAGCGCUACCGUGGUGGUCCCAACAUCGAGAGGACCGAGUACAUGGAGCGGCACUCGGCGCUCUCGGACAAGCAUCUCGCCGUUAGCGUCGAACAGGUCUCAAUGUUCCUCACUAGCGACAACACUUGCAUAUGUUUCUUUGAACAUUCGGCCGAGGAUGUAGAGAAACCAAUCCUCCGUCGCUUGGAGGCCCCAGACACCAUUUUGAGACGCAGCGCCGAUGCCAGUAUGAUGAUACAGGCCUUGAUUGACACCAUCAUCGAUCUGGCUAUCCCAGUGACGUCUGCGUAUGAGGACACGAUUAGUGAUUUGGAGCUUGACGUUCUUACAGAGCCGAGCAUUGGCCACUCCAAGGCAUUGUACAUUAUGACAACAGAGCUCUCUGUGCUGCGGAACAGAAUCCAACCCAUCAUGGGUUUGAUCAAUGCUCUACGUGACCAUAAGAAGGAGUCGAUUACAACAUAUCAUGUCGGAAAGCCCGCCCGCAGCACCGCCUCCAGUGUCACCAUCAGCGCUCUUGCACACACGUACUUGGGUGACGCUGAGGAUCACUGUAUCAUGAUAUGCCAAGCAAUCGACGAAAUGCGCAAAUCCGCAGACGACAUGAUCGACCUCAUCUUCAACAUCAUGAGCACUUAUCAAAACGAAAGCAUGCGCCAGCUGACGGCUGUGACCAUUUUCUUCCUGCCUCUGACCUUUUUGACCGGAUAUUUUGGUCAGAAUUUCGAGAACUUCUGGGCUAUCCAGCAUAGCGACAGGUUUUUCUGGUACAUUGCCGUCCCAGUCAUGGUCAUCACCUCAAUCGGCAUGAUGCGAGAGAUGAUUAUUCGUUGGUUUCAGAAGAAAUUCCAGAGGCGACAAAUUGCUCGAUCUCGCAAGAAGCGCAAUCUCAAGAAGCCUCAGCCAGUUACGUGGAAAGGCGGGAUGUCGAAGCUGAGACGGCAGGAGACUGUGUGGAGAGAACCAACAAUGUGA